AUGGGGAGGAGACAUGGAAAAAGGGGAAGGGAGGAGAUAAGACAGGUCAUGAGAGAAUGGGGAGAGGGGAAGGAAUGGGGAGGAGACAGAUGGAAAAGUAGAAGGGAGGAGAUGAGACAGGUCAUGAGAGUAUGGGAAGAGGGGAAGGAAUGGGGAGGAGACAGAUGGAAAAGUGGAGGGGAGGAGAUGAGACAGGUCAUGAGAGAAUGGGGAGAGGGGAAGGAAUGGGGAGGAGACAGAUGGAAAAGUAGAAGGGAGGAGAUAAGACAGGUCAUGAGAGAAUGGGGAGAGGGGAAGGAAUGGGGAGGAGACAGAUGGAAAAGUAGAAGGGAGGAGAUGAGACAGGUCAUGAGAGAAUGGGGAGAGGGGAAGGAAUGGGGAGGAGACAGAUGGAAAAGUACAAGGGAGGAGAUGAGACAGGUCAUGAGAGAAUGGAGAGAGGGGAAGGAUUGGGGAGGAGACAGAUGGAAAAGUAGAAGGGAGGAGAUGAGACAGGUCAUGAGAGAAUGGAGAGAGGGGAAGGAAUGGGGAGGAGACAGAUGGAAAAGUAGAAGGGAGGAGAUGAGACAGGUCAUGAGAGAAUGGGGAGAGGGGAAGGAAUGGGGAGGAGACAGAUGGAAAAGUAGAAGGGAGGAGAUAAGACAGGUCAUGAGAGAAUGGGGAGAGGGGAAGGAAUGGGGAGGAGACAGAUGGAAAAGUAGAAGGGAGGAGAUGAGACAGGUCAUGAGAGAAUGGGGAGAGGGGAAGGAAUGGGGAGGAGACAGAUGGAAAAGUGGAGGGGAGGAGAUGAGACAGGUCAUGAGAGAAUGGGGAGAGGGGAAGGAAUGGGGAGGAGACAGAUGGAAAAGUAGAAGGGAGGAGAUGAGACAGGUCAUGAGAGAAUGGGGAGAGGGGAAGGAAUGGGGAGGAGACAGAUGGAAAAGUACAAGGGAGGAGAUGAGACAGGUCAUGAGAGAAUGGAGAGAGGGGAAGGAUUGGGGAGGAGACAGAUGGAAAAGUAGAAGGGAGGAGAUGAGACAGGUCAUGAGAGAAUGGAGAGAGGGGAAGGAAUGGGGAGGAGACAGAUGGAAAAGUAGAAGGGAGGAGAUGAGACAGGUCAUGAGAGAAUGGAGAGAGGGGAAGGAAUGGGGAGGAGACAGAUGGAAAAGUAGAAGGGAGGAGAUGAGACAGGUCAUGAGAGAAUGGGGAGAGGGGAAGGAUUGGGGAGGAGACAGAUGGAAAAGUAGAAGGGAGGAGAUGAGACAGGUAAUGAGAGAAUGGGGAGAGGGGAAGGAAUGGGGAGGAGACAGAUGGAAAAGUAGAAGGGAGGAGAUAAGACAGGUCAUGAGAGAAUGGGGAGAGGGGAAGGAAUGGGGAGGAGACAGAUGGAAAAGUAGAAGGGAGGAGAUGAGACAGGUCAUGAGAGAAUGGGGAGAGGGGAAGGAAUGGGGAGGAGACAGAUGGAAAAGUACAAGGGAGGAGAUGAGACAGGUCAUGAGAGAAUGGAGAGAGGGGAAGGAUUGGGGAGGAGACAGAUGGAAAAGUAGAAGGGAGGAGAUGAGACAGGUCAUGAGAGAAUGGAGAGAGGGGAAGGAAUGGGGAGGAGACAGAUGGAAAAGUAGAAGGGAGGAGAUGAGACAGGUCAUGAGAGAAUGGGGAGAGGGGAAGGAUUGGGGAGGAGACAGAUGGAAAAGUAGAAGGGAGGAGAUGAGACAGGUCAUGAGAGAAUGGGGAGAGGGGAAGGAUUGGGGAGGAGACAGAUGGAAAAGUAGAAGGGAGGAGAUGAGACAGGUCAUGAGAGAAUGGAGAGAGGGGAAGGAUUGGGGAGGAGACAGAUAA